UCGUAUUGUAAAAUAUUAGUAGCAGGGCCAAAUGUUGAAUUAGCAAAAUUUUUAUUAUUUUUAAUUUAAAAAUGGAAAGGUUAAAGGAGGAACAGAAUGACAAUGUUAUAUCUGCUGAUCUUUAUCAUCCAAUGAUCCUGGAUGAAAGAUUCCACAAUUCUUGGCUUGUUAAUGAUUGCCCCAAUAUAAUAGAUUUGCUUAAAUGGAAGUUAUUUGGUAAUGAUAAAAGUUGUAUACCUGAUAAAAAGAUCUUGGAUGAAACAUUACCUAUAAUAAUGCCUUAUUUUAUCAAUAAUCUAACUGAAUUAAGAGAUCACCAAGUUGAAGUUACGUGGUUAGGUCAUUCCACACUUUUAAUAUACUUGGAUGGAAUAUUUAUUCUUACUGACCCAAUAUUUAGUGAAUAUUCUUCUCCUAUAGCUCAUUUAGGGCCUAAAAGGUACAGAAAAAUACCAUGUACUGUUGAACAGCUUCCCAAUAUCCAUGCUGUUAUAAUCAGCCAUUCACAUUUUGAUCAUUUAGAUCUACCAAGUAUUAAAGAUUUACACAAAAAAUUUGGAAUGAAUCUUAAAUGGUUUGUCCCCAAAAAUAUGAAGUGUUGGUUGAUAGAAAAUGCAUUCUAUUCUGAUAUCACAUAUCUACCAUUAAUCUUUAUAAAAAAUAAAAGCAAUGAUUCUAAAUCAAAAACAUUUUUCACAAAUAUAUAUGAUAUGACUUGGUGGCAAAGAGAGAAAUUUUCAUUUACAUCAAAAGACAAUUUACAAGAAAAUAUUCAAAUAGAAUUUACACUUUUACCUGCUCAACAUUGGUGUAAAAGGACUCUGAAUGAUGAAAAUAAAAUGUUAUGGGGAAGCUGGGCCAUUAAAUCUAGGCAUCCCUCAAGCCCGGCCUCAAAUAAAUCCGUUUAUUUUGCUGGCGAUACCGGUUUUCACGCUCCCUUAUUCGAACAAAUAAGUCGCCUCAUGGGACCUUUCGAUUUUUGCGCCAUACCUAUUGGAGCUUAUGAGCCCAGAUGGUUAACAAAAUACAAUCACGUCAAUCCCGAAGAAGCUGUUGAAAUUCAUAAAAUUCUGAAAUCACGCCGUUCCUUGGCUAUCCACUGGGGAACGUUUGUUAUGACGGACGAGUUUUAUUUAGAGCCUCGCGAUCGGCUUGAAGAAAUCAAGAAGCAACUAAAAAUGUCACCGGACGAAUUUUUUACAUUAAAACAUGGUGAAACUAAAAUUCUCGAUUGAAAAUUAGAAGAUUAUAUUCUAAAUAAUAACAGGAUAUUAUAUUUAAUUUAAAAAUUAUAUUA